UUACUGGCCUACGUCAUUUGACUACGUAAUUUCAACAUGGCGGCACACAUAGCACGACGUUCGUAUUUACUGUGCUGUAGAACAGGAGUAAACGCGAUUCCACAGCAUGUUAAACUAAAGAAUGCUGCAAUAACAGACACUAACAACACUUUACAGUCGAGUGCUGCUUAUGGGAGCCGAGGGACAGAUAGCGAACAGGACGAUCAAGUGCACAUCCCAGUGGAGCGUCUGACAGUAUCUUACUGCAGAAGCAGUGGUCCUGGUGGUCAGCACGUCAAUAAAGUCAACACGAAAGCAGAGGUCCGAUUCCAUGUGCACACAGCAGACUGGAUCCCAAAAGAUGUUCGACAGAAAAUCGUUGAAAAGAACAGAAACCGCAUCAAUAAGGCCGGCGAGCUCCUGGUAACGUCAGAGCUGAGCAGGAGCCAGCAGAGAAACCUUUCUGAUUGCAUCCAGAAGAUUUCUGCCAUCAUAGCCGAGGCCAGCGAGAAGCCUUAUGAACCAACAGCAGAAGACUUAGCACUCAGGGCACACAGGUUAGAGAAGCGAAACAAGGAACGACUCCACCAGAAGAAGGUCCAUUCGACUGUCAAACAGAGCAGACGAGUGGAUUUUGACUAAGUGACUGACUUUUAGGUUUCUACCUCUAAUUAUUUUACUGUCAGUAAGUAUGUGUCAUUCAUAUGUCCAGUGUUCAUUUUUCUUUAAAUUAAACUAAGUAUCAACCUUGUUCAGAUCAGUUGAAGAUGUAAACUGCUGCUACUGUUGAAAGGUAUUAAACGCAAACGCAUAUUCUGUACCCUGCA